CGGUCUUACAUUUGAAUCAUGAAACUUUCUUUUUUUUUAGUGUAGAGUUUCCUUUUUUUAUUUGAAACGCAAAAGUCACGCGCUUUGCUCUACAUUUGUACAAUGUACAAUGUGCAAGACAGAAAGAGACUCCCACGACUCUCCUUUUCUCUCUGUUGCAUAUUUAUAUAUCUGUACAUAUAAACACGUUCAAGUUUGGAACUUUUUGGUUUCGUUUUGAGGUUUCAGGCAUGAAUCGACGGUGGAGAUUUGAUCGGUUUGUGGCAGCCGUGGUGUUUGUGCUACUGUUUCAUCAUAAUCUGAGCUUUUGUUGGUGUCUCAACAGUGAAGGUUUGGCUUUGUUGAGGUUUAGGGAGAGAGUGAUUAGAGACCCUUACGGGGUUUUAGGGAAUUGGAAUGGUGGUGGCGGUGGAGAAGAUGAUGAUCCUUGUUCUUGGUUUGGGGUUGAGUGCUCAUCAGAUGGGAAAGUCAUCAGCUUGAAUUUGAAAGAUCUUUGUCUUGGAGGAACAUUGGCUCCUGAACUAGGGAAGCUGGUGUACAUAAAGUCCAUAAUUUUGCGGAAUAAUUCUUUUACUGGGAAAAUUCCUAAAGAGAUUGGAGACUUAAUGGAGCUGGAGGUUUUGGACUUGGGAUAUAAUAACUUUAGUGGAUCAUUUCCAUCUGAUUUCAGCAACAAUCUAUCCCUCACUACCCUUUUACUUGACAAUAACCAAUUUCUUGGUUGUUUAUCCCCUGAAGUCCAUGAGCUUAAGAUGGUUUCCGAAUGCCAAACAGAUGAGAGCCAACUAACAGAUCCUGCUUUCGGGACAUCAUGCAUGAGCAGAUCUAUCAGCUGGAACACUGCCCAACCUGGAGAUACAGCUUACCGCAGGUUGCAGCAGGUGGUAGAUGAGCCAGAGGCAUCCAGAAUUGGAAAAGCUAAAGCAACUGACAGGGUUUCAUCAUCCAUAUCGGCUUCACCAUCUCCAUCACCAUUUUCAGCUUCAAUGCCACCAUCUGCUUCACCAUUUUCAUCAUCACCAUCUUCAAAUUCCCCUUCACCGUCACCAUCAUCAGAUUCUCCUUCACCAUCUCCCUCAAGCAGCUUUCUGACCCCUUCACCCUCGCCUUUGAUAGCACCAACUCCAGCCUCUCCCGUCCCAGUAAAUCCACCAACUAUUAUUUCGACACCACCAGAGUCUAGUCCAUCUCAAACUCCAUCCCCUGCUUCAAUUCCGGGGCAAGGGCUUAAACAUAGUUCCAAGUCAAAGAGGCGCAUAGUUCUGAUUUGUGCAGCCGUUUUUGGAGGUUCUUUAUUGAUUUUACUUUCAGUCAUUGGCAUUAUGCUUGUCCGAAGCAGUAAAGUGGUUACAGUAAGACCCUGGACAACAGGGUUAAGUGGGCAGUUGCAGAAAGCAUUUGUAACAGGUGUACCAAAACUCAACCGAUCAGAACUUGUGGCUGCUUGUGAAGAUUUCAGUAAUAUAAUUGGAUGCUUUUCGGAUGGUAACAUUUAUAAGGGAACUCUUUCAAGUGGGGUUGAAAUCGCUGUAACAUGUAUAACAUCAACAUCUGCUGGAGACUGGUCUAAACAUCUGGAGGCUCAGUUCAGAAAGAAGAUAGAAACAUUAUCCAAGGUGAACCACAAGAACUUUGUAAACCUAAUUGGGUAUUGUGAAGAAGAGAAACCAUUCACAAGAAUGAUGGUUUUUGAAUAUGCUCCAAAUGGAACACUUUUUGAGCAUCUACAUAUAAAAGAAGCAGAACACUUGGACUGGGGAAUGAGAGUACGAGUAGCCAUGGGUAUGGCAUACUGUCUAGAGUAUAUGCACCAAAUGACUCCACCAAUACUCCAGAAGAACUUGCAAUCAGCUUCUAUAUACCUGACCGAAGACUAUGCAGCCAAAAUAUCAGAUUUCAGCUUCUGGAAUGAAGGAACUGCAGCAAAGACAAGAUCAGCUGACAAAGAGCUUAUGGAAGUCCCAUCUGCAAGUCCAGAAAGCAAUGUCUACAGCUUUGGUGUAAUAUUGUUUGAAAUGUUCACCGGUAGAAUUCCAUACUCCGUGGAAGAGGGUUCUCUUGUGGACUGGGCAUCACACUAUCUAAGAGGGGAGAAACCAUUGGGAGAAAUGGUGGAUCCUAUCUUAGAAUCUUACCAAGAAGAAGAGCUGGAAAAACUGUUUCAAGUGGUAACAGAUUGUGUCCAUCCUGACCCGAAACAAAGACCAAAGAUGACAGAGAUCACAGCUAGGUUAAAAGAAAUCACAGCCAUGGAGCCAGAUCGAGCCACACCGAAGUUAUCACCUCUUUGGUGGGCAGAACUUGAAAUUCUUUCAGAAGGAAACUGAUCAUAAAAAUCUAUUUAUUUUUAUUGUCCAUUUCUUUAUUAAUUGUGUGCACGUUAUUCUUUUACCUGGUUCUGUUAUUCAUUAUAGCAGUGGGGUGCAUGUAGGAUAGAUCUGAUUGUGUGGUGUUCUAAUGUAAGUUAGAAGAGAUGAAUUGUAAAUAACGAUUGUAUUGAGAAAGUGAGCUUUUUCUGCUUCUUACACGAAAUUAUAACUUCUCAGAUAAAUAAA